AUGACCAAAAAGAAGAAAAAUAAAUGCGAAAACGAAACUCUAGAACCAAAUAUUCAAAUUAGCGUAAGUGAAAAGAGUACCAAAGAAACUAUUGUCAAAGAGAAUUAUUAUCUUAAACAGCUUUUGGAAGAAAAGGAAAGAUUUAUAUAUCAGUUGGUAAAUGAAAACCGUAGACUACAGGAAGCAUAUGACUUGAUUUCUGCCAACAUAGUAGAGAAGGAAUCCGUUGUAUCUACUUUGGCUAUUGUAACUGAUCAACUAGAACAACUUGAGAAAAGAACGUCAGAGAAUACAUCAUACUCACAAAUGUUAAAGCAAAAUACUCCUAAAAUCAAUAGCAACAACAAGAACAACAAUGACAUGAAAUCCAUAUUAGUUACUCCCGAAAGGACCCAACAUUAUAAUGACACCAGAAAAGACCUAACUAGUAACAUUAAUCUAGCAAGUAUUGAAGUCAAGAUAGAGAAAGUGCAGCUUCCAGAACAAAAAAUUGCUAUUGGUAUAUUCUAUCGGCCCCCACAUAGCUCUGUUACAGAAGCCGGUAAUACCUUUGAUAACAUGUUGCCUGCCAUAUUAGCUGAAUAUGAUGAUAUCAUCCUUGCAGGGGAUAUCAAUGUUAAUUUGCUUUUAGUUUGUAACAACUUGACUAAAUGCCUUGAUUCUUAUAAUCUGAAACAGAAUGGUGGAAUCAGUUAUCGGAUCCUAUAG